GCCACGCUAAAAAAAAAAAAAAGAAAGAAGCUCGCAUUGGUAACUGGAAAGCGAAGCCAGACAAGCAACCGAUUCCCUUCUUUUUCUGUCUUUGUUUCCAAAAAGAGAAAAAAGAUUCAAACUAACAAUUAGGAACAACGAAGCGGCAGGCAUUCUUAAGCUCUCACGCCAUUCCUUCUCCCAGGAUUUUUUGGGAAUGUUUGCGAAGUUUGAGAUAGUUUAAGUUGUAAGGGGACUAAGAGCAAGAAGGUUCUUGGUCCCCAACAAGAUGUGUUAAGUCUAUGAGGUGAAGAAGAGGAAGAAGAGGAAGAAGAGAAUGAGCCUAAAACUUAAUUCCCCAUUUCUUGAGAUUCCACUUGGAAGCUCUUUAAAUGGUAAAAAAGGCCAUGGGCAUUGCUUUGGUUUUGAUAGGGGUAAGCUCGUUAGAAGAGCAAUUCGCAAGCGUGUAUCUGCGGAGAAGCAGAAUGAUUGGAUUGCUCAAGCAAUCAAGUUUUCCCAUUUUUGUGGGAAAAACAUUGAUUUGUUUAGGAAAACUAUUGGGUUGAGAAAUGGGUUUGUCGUGAAAAGUGUUAAGGAGCCUUUUGCUGGGAGCAAGGCUCUAGUGAGGUCUUUGUCUCCGUUGUGGAAUGAGGGAUUACUGUUGGUUAGGUGCUCCGUUCUCACGGCUGUCAUAUCUGGUGUGUGUUUAUUGGUUUGGUACGGACAGAAGAAAGCUAAAGGUUUUGUGGAAGCAACGCUUUUGCCUUCGGUUUGUUCGGUGCUUAGUGAAUAUGUACAGCGUGAGAUUGAUUUUGGCAAGGUUAGGAGAGUUUCGCCAUUAAGUAUCACCUUGGAAGCAUGCUCUAUUGGGCCUUACAGUGAAGAGUUUUCUUGUGGUGAGGUUCCCACUAUGAAAAUUCGUGUUCGGCCUUUUGCCAGUUUGAGGCGCGGAAAGAUCGUGAUAGAUGCAAUUUUGUCUCAUCCAAGUGUAUUGAUUGCGCAAAAGAAGGAUUAUACCUGGCUGGGGAUACCCUUUUGUGACAAUGGUCUGCAAAGGCAUUUAUCAACUGAGGAAGGGAUCGAUUAUCGUACAAAAAGGAGGAGGAUUGCCAGAGAGGAAGCUGGUGCUUGCUGGGCCAGAGAGAGGGAUGAUGAUGCUAGGAAAGCAGCAGAGAUGGGUUACAUUGUUUCUGAGGGAAGUUUAGAUAUAUCUGAAGAUGAUACAGUUAAAGGGAUAGGUCUUUCAGCUGAAAUAGCAAGCUCAAAGUCAUUUUCAUGCAUGGAUGAGAAGAUGCAUUGGAGGGAUCAUCAUUGCGUGGACACUGGUGUUGAUUAUGACACGAAGCAUGCAGAAUUGGAGAAAUCAUUUGGUGUGAAAAUUCCAGGUUCAGGGCUUACAUUGUUGCCUAAAGGUCCUAAAGGGAACAAAUUUAAGAAAAAGUUUAACAGGAGUGAUACCUCUACUGCUGGUGUUGCUGCCAAGAGACGAAUCCUUGAGCGUAGUGCAUCGGUAGCACUUGCAUAUUUUCAGGGUCUAUCCCAAGAGGACUCUGGUGAUUAUUCAGAGGCAUCUGGAAGUUAUGAUAUAUCGGACCUUAAUACCCUAUUGGUGAAAAGUGAAGUUGAUUCUAAUGCUGAAGCUUCUAUUGGCAUUAAUACUGGUGGAGGAAGUUUGCUCAGUUAUAACCAUUAUGGAGAGCAAUGUGAAGAGACAGAAAACCGGCAUAUUAUCACGCACUGUAAUGAUAAUGGCACUUUAGGUAAUUUCAAUUUCAUACGUGAUCCGUUUCUUAUGACUGUUGAAAGACUUAGUGGAGUCAGAAAAAUUGGCAAAAGUUUUCCAUAUGAUGUAAAUGCUGCAGGAGCUGCUAAAACUAUGAGCUCUAAUGUAAAUGGUGAGGAUUUGGUUGUUGAUGUUGUUGUAACUGGAAAUAUGAAUGAGAAUGUAUCCGAGGGUGAAAGGAGUCAUGCAUCUCAAAGUUUUACUUCCAUAAAGUCUGACCUCACUCCUUCAGCAUCCCAUUCGGUUACAUUUUGGCCAUUAGGCUUGAAAUUUACCUUGCCUUCUUUUCCUGACAACAUGGGGGAACGUGUUUCCAAUUUUUUAGCUGGAUCCCUUCAAAAGCUAAAAAAUGGUGUGGCUCUAAAGGUUGAAGAUAUUGUUGCAGAACUUGUUGAUGGGGUAGAUGUGGCGCAAACUGAAGGAAUUGAGAAGAUGCUUCCAGUUAUUGUGGAUUCUGUCCAUUUCAAGGGUGGAACACUGAUGCUGCUAGCAUUUGGUGACAGAGAGCCCAGAGAGAUGGAGAAUGCCAAUGGAUAUGUGAAGUUCCAAAAUCAUUAUGGCCGUGUGCACAUACAACUCAGUGGUAACUGUAAAACUUGGAGAUCAGAUUUGGCCUCUGAAGAUGGUGGCUGGUUGUCUACAGAUGUUUUUGUGGAUACUUUAGAUCAGAAAUGGCAUGCGAAUCUAAAUAUUUCCAACCUCUUUGUUCCGCUUUUUGAAAGAAUUUUAGAGAUUCCAAUCACAUGGCUUAAAGGAAGAGCCACUGGUGAGGUCCACCUGUGCAUGUCAACAGGGGAGACAUUUCCUAAUCUUCAUGGACAGCUUGAUGUCACAGGGUUGGCCUUUCAAAUAUAUGAUGCUCCAUCAUGGUUUUCAGACAUUUCAGCACAUUUAUGUUUCCGGGGUCAGCGAAUAUUCCUUCAUAAUACAAGUGGCUGGUUUGGUAGUGUUCCUUUAGAUGCUUCUGGAGAUUUUGGCAUCCAUCCUGAGGAAGGAGAGUUCCAUCUUAUGUGUCAGGUUCCAUGUGUGGAAGUAAAUGCCCUGAUGAAAACUUUCAAGAUGAAGCCUUUGUUGUUUCCGUUGGCUGGUUCUGUGACGGCUGUUUUCAACUGUCAAGGCCCACUGGAUGCCCCUACUUUUGUGGGGAGUGGAAUGGUGUCUAGAAAGAUAUCUUACUCUGUUGAUGUCCCUGCGUCCUCUGCAUCUGAAGCAAUGUUGAAAAACAAAGAGUCUGGUGCAGUGGCAGCAUUUGAUCGUGUUCCAUUUUCAUAUCUGUCAGCUAAUUUUACCUUUAACACUGAUAACUGCGUUGCUGACUUGUAUGGAAUUAGGGCUAGUCUUGUGGAUGGUGGGGAGAUUCGAGGGGCAGGAAAUGCAUGGAUUUGUCCAGAGGGUGAGGAAGAUGAUACAGCAAUGGAUGUAAAUUUCUCUGGAAAUUUGUCCUUUGACAAGAUUAUGCAACGAUAUAUACCGAGGUAUCUUCAUCUUAUGCCACUCAAGUUAGGGGAUUUAAGUGGAGAGACAAAACUUUCUGGAUCACUUUUGAAACCGAGGUUUGAUAUCAAGUGGACUGCACCAAAAGCUGAAGGGUCUUUUAGUGAUGCUCGGGGAGAUAUAAUGAUUUCACAUGAUUGUAUAACUGUCAAUUCUUCAUCUGUUGCUUUUGAUUUGUUUACAAAAGUUCAAACUUCAUAUCCUGAGGAAUACUGGCUAAACAGAAAAGAGUUCAAUGUGAAGAGUGCUGUGCCAUUUAUUGUUGAAGGAGUGGAGUUGGACUUGCGUAUGCGUGGUUUUGAGUUUUUCAGCCUGGUUUCUUCUUAUACUUUUGAUUCUCCAAGGCCUACACAUUUGAAAGCAACUGGAAAAAUAAAAUUUCAUGGAAAGGUUCUGAAGCCUUGUAUUACCAGUGAGCAAGAUUUUGGUCCCGAGGGGAAACCUGAGAAAAUGACAGAUGAGAGAAGCAGACAGAGUCUUGUUGGUGAUUUGUCAGUCUCAGGUCUCAGACUGAAUCAGUUAAUGCUGGCACCUCAGUUGGUUGGGCAGUUGAGCAUCUCUCGCAACUCUGUCAAGUUAGAUGCCUUAGGUAGGCCAGAUGAAAGUCUUGCAGUUGAGGUUGUGCAGCCCCUGCAACCUGGCUCUGAGGAAAACUUGCAAAAUGGAAAACUAUUCUCCUUUUCUCUUCAAAAGGGGCAACUGAGAGCUAAUAUUUGUUUUCGCCCACUUCAUUCUGCUACCUUGGAGAUACGACACUUGCCACUUGAUGAAUUGGAGCUUGCUUCACUGCGUGGAACAAUACAGCGAGCAGAAAUCCAGCUUAAUUUCCAGAAAAGAAGGGGCCAUGGUGUUCUAUCUGUGCUUCACCCCAAAUUCAGCGGUGUGCUUGGUGAAGCCCUAGAUGUGGCUGCUAGGUGGAGCGGUGAUGUUAUCACGCUUGAAAAAACUGUUUUAGAACAAAUCAGUAGCCGGUAUGAGCUUCAAGGCGAAUAUGUAUUGCCUGGCACCCGAGAUAGAAACCUUUCUGAAAAGGGAAGGGGCGGCUUGUUUAAAAGAGCAAUGACUGGGCAUCUGGGUAGUGUCAUAUCUUCUAUGGGAAGGUGGAGAAUGAGACUUGAAGUUCCUCGAGCUGAGGUUGCUGAGAUGCUUCCCCUUGCAAGACUCUUGUCCCGAAGUACCGAUCCUGCUGUUCUUUCUAGAUCAAAGGAUCUUUUCAUUCAAAGUCUGCAGUCAGUAGGAGUAUAUACUGAGAGUCUUCAAGACUUGCUUGAGGUAAUACGAGGUCAUUAUGCUGCAUCAAACGAAGUUAUUCUUGAAGGCUUAAGUCUCCCAGGUUUGGCAGAACUUAAGGGCCGCUGGCAUGGUUCUCUUGAUGCAAGUGGCGGAGGAAAUGGAGACACAAUGGCAGAAUUUGAUUUUCAUGGGGAGGAUUGGGAGUGGGGAAGCUACAACACUCAACGAGUUGUGGCAGUGGGUGCAUACAGCAACGAUGAUGGUUUGCGUCUUGAGAAAAUUUUUAUCAAAAAAGAUGAUGCAACAAUCCAUGCUGAUGGGACUUUGUUGGGGCCAAAAACCAAUCUUCAUUUUGCUGUUCUAAAUUUUCCUGUUAGUCUAGUCCCUACCCUAGUGCAGAUUAUUGAAUCAUCUGCCACUGAGGCUGUUCAUUCUUUGCGACAAUUGUUAGCCCCAAUUAAGGGAAUAUUAUACAUGGAAGGAGACCUCAGAGGAAGUCUUGCAAAACCAGAAUGUGAUGUACAAGUAAGGCUUCUGGAUGGUGCCAUUGGGGGCAUUGAUCUUGGGCGUGCUGAAGUUGUUGCUUCCCUAACCUCAAGCAGCCGUUUUCUGUUCAAUGCCAAAUUUGAACCAAUCAUCCAAAAUGGCCAUGUACAUGUUCAAGGAAGUGUUCCUGUUACUUUUGUCCAAAGUAGCAUGUCUGAGGAAGAAGAAACUGAAACAGAACGAAGUGGGACAACUUUGGUCCCUGGCUGGGUGAAGGAAAGGGAUAAGGAGUCAAGUGAUAAAGCUAGUGAGAAGAAAAUGUUUCGGGAGAGAACAGAAGAAGGUUGGGACACUCAGUUAGCUGAAAGCCUUAAAGGUUUAAACUGGAACAUCUUAGAUGUAGGAGAAGUUAGAGUUGAUGCUGAUAUAAAGGAUGGGGGCAUGAUGUUGUUGACAGCAUUAUCUCCUUAUGCAAACUGGCUUCAUGGCAGUGCAGAUGUCAUGCUUCAGGUUAGAGGCACAGUUGAACAACCUGUGCUUGAUGGAUCUGCAUCGUUCCACAGGGCAUCUAUAUCUUCACCAGUACUCAGAAAACCACUUACAAACAUUGGUGGCACUGUUCAUGUGAAAUCAAAUAAGUUAUGCAUUGCCUUUUUGGAGAGUAGGGUAAGCAGAAAGGGGAAGCUGUUUGUAAAAGGGAAUUUGCCCCUUAGAACAAGUGAAGCAUCCUUGGGUGAUAAAAUUGACUUGAAAUGUGAAGUUCUAGAAGUACGGGCAAAAAACAUUCUGAGUGGCCAGGUUGACACUCAGUUGCAGCUAACUGGUUCCAUUCUGCAGCCAAACAUCUCAGGGAAUAUUAAAUUGAGCCAUGGGGAGGCAUAUUUGCCACAUGAUAAGGGUAGUGGAGCUGCACCUUUUAAUAAACUGGCAUCAAACCAGUCCAGGCUUCCAGGUGCUGGAGUCAGUCAAGCAGUUGCUUCUAGAUAUGUCUCACGGUUUUUCAGUUCUGAACCUGCUUCUUCAAGGACCAAACUCCCACAAUCCUCUGUUAAAUCAGCUGAAGUUGAGAAGGAAAUGGAGCAAGUGAACAUUAAACCAAGUGUUGAUGUCCGCCUUAGUGAUUUGAAGCUUGUUUUAGGACCAGAAUUGAGGAUAGUUUAUCCUUUGAUUCUUAACUUUGCCGUUAGUGGGGAACUUGAGUUGAAUGGCCUGGCUCAUCCAAAAUGGAUAAAACCCAAGGGCAUUUUAACAUUUGAGAAUGGUGAUGUGAAUCUUGUUGCAACUCAAGUUAGGCUUAAGCGAGAACAUUUAAACAUAGCAAAAUUUGAACCUGAGCAUGGGCUAGAUCCAAUGCUGGACUUAGCUUUGGUUGGAUCAGAAUGGCAAUUUAGGAUUCAAAGUCGAGCCAGCAAUUGGCAGGACAAAUUGGUGGUAACCUCAAUACGUUCUGUGGAGCAGGAUGUUCUCUCACCUACUGAGGCUGCUAGAGUAUUUGAGAGUCAAUUGGCUGAGUCCAUAUUGGAAGGUGAUGGCCAACUUGCAUUUAAAAAGCUCGCAACUGCAACAGUUGAAACACUAAUGCCAAGAAUAGAAGGGAAGGGGGAGAUUGGUCAGGCCAGGUGGAGGCUAGUGUAUGCUCCACAAAUCCCUAGUUUGCUUUCUGUUGAUCCUACAGCUGAUCCUCUCAAAUCUUUGGCUAGCAAUAUAUCCUUUGGGACAGAAGUUGAAGUCCAGCUUGGAAAACGGCUGCAGGCCUCCAUAGUUAGGCAGCUGAAAGACUCAGAGAUGGCAAUGCAGUGGACCUUGAUCUACCAGCUUACAAGCCGAUUGCGAGUGCUCCUACAAUCUGCACCUUCCAAACGCCUUCUUUUUGAGUAUUCUGCUACUUCACAAGACUAACCUGCUAGCCGCCUUCAUCCAGCUAAAACCGGGCCGCUUGCACCGGCAAAAGUCUUUCCAUGGUCAUGCCUACAUUUCACGUAAAAUGAGGGAAAAAAGGUCUGGGGAAGGGGUAGAGUAGUUUUUGACAAUGUAAAGUUAGGUUUAGUUACAUAUUCUUAUUCUUUGCUCGGAAAUGAAUGAGCUUUGUUCAUAUGUCAGCACCUUGAAUUUUGUACAGACAACAGAUGUAAAAUUCAAUAGAAUGGUCUAGCUUCAAGUGAAGAAGAAAAAAAGAAAGAGGUAUUGGUUUUCUAGUAAUCCUUGAUGUAA